CAAACUUUGAAGAAAAUGUUAAUUUAAGAGGUUUUUCUCGCUUCCUGGAAAUUUGUACAAACUGGAGAUUGAACAGUUUGGAAUUAGGCUUCUCAUUUAUUUUAUCCCGUUUUUUUAUUAUGUCUAGGUGUUCUAUCCACGUAUCCACUUAUAGUUUUUACCGAGAUUAUCUAUAAUGCUCUCUGAGCUUCUUAGAUGUAUGCAUGGCAUACUCUCCAAUACAUUGUUUAAGAUUUUAAAAUUAUUUAGUGCUAUGGUAAUUUUACAGGUACCAUUGCGAUAAAAAAAGAGCUUUAAGCUAGAGGGAUCAACAUGCAUAUUUGUGUGUGGUUGUGUGGAAGAGCAACUAUGUUGAACUACAUUAUUGUAAUAGCUAUUAUAUUGAACCUGAAAUAAAGACAUGUUAUGACUAUUACAUAUUAUUAAUAACAAAUUUUAUAAGGUGGUGAUAAUUUUUGACAGAACAUCAGUGAUGAGGGUUAAAACUGUACAAUAGAUCUUGAUAACACGAUUACAAACGGCUGCUUGCUAAAAAAUCCUUUAUGUAACAAUACAUACACUGUUGCCACACUUUUCUAACACCCAUUACUCAUGCAUAAUCUCUGGAAGAAAUGUUCGUCAAUCACCUCUCUAUCAUUUCCAGAAUGGCUGAAUUGAAAAAGGAAAACGGGAAUCAACUUUUCAAAAUCAAACAAUAUCGAUCAGCUCUCUCUCUUUACUCUGAAGCUAUAAACCUUGCCCCUGAAGCUUCUGCCUACUAUGGCAACCGUGCUGCCUGCUACAUGAUGCUCAACCGUUACAGAGAGGCCAUGGAGGAUGCUAGAAAAAGCAUUCAACUGGAUCCUACUUUUGUUAAAGGCUAUACUCGUAUUGUUAAAUGUGCUCUAGCUCUGGGCGAUAUAGUUACAGCUGAGACAGCAGCCAAACAAGCUGAACUGCUUCAAGUUGGCUCAGUUGCCAACGAAUUAAGAACAAUAUUGACCCUGAAGCAACAUGAAGCUGAUGCUACUAAAGCUUACCACACUAAAGACUUCCGAAAGGUGGUUUAUUGUAUGGACAGAUGUCUGGAUAUAUCUCCGGCUUGUGAAAAAUACAAACUCAUGAAAGCAGAGUGUUUGGCCUUUUUGGGACGUUACCAAGAAUCCCAGGAAAUCGCUAAUGACAUUUUACAUUUCAACAAGGGCAGUGCUGACGCCAUUUAUGUGAGAGGAUUAUGCUUGUACUGCGAAGACAACAUUGAUAAGGCUUUCAGCCAUUUUCAACAAGUAUUGAGACUUGCUCCUGAUCAUGCAAAAGCAAUGGAGCAAUACAAACGGGCCAAGCAAUUAAAAAAGAAAAAAGAAGAAGGCAACGAACUGUUCAAAGUGUGCAAGUUUCAAGAUGCUGUUAAAGUGUACACUGAAGCUUUAGAAAUUGAUCCUUUGAACAAAAAGACUAAUGCUAAAUUAUAUUUCAACAGAGCCACUGCCCUAUCCAGACUGAUUAAGUUAAGGGAAGCCAUUGCGGAUUGUACUGCAGCACUGAAAUUAGAUGAUACUUACCUAAAAGCUCUCUUGCGACGAGCCAAAUGUUACAUGGACACUGAAGACUUUGAAGAAGCUGUCAAGGAUUAUGAAAAAGCCGCAAAAAUGGAAAAAAGCCGCGAAAACAAAAGAUUACUGCAAGAAGCCAAAUUGGCCCUGAAAAAAAGCAAACGAAAAGACUAUUAUAAAAUACUCGGCGUUGAGCGUAGCGCUACUGAAGAUGAUAUCAAGAAGGCUUACAGAAAACGCGCCUUGAUUCAUCAUCCCGAUAGGCACUCAAAUGCUAGUGAUGCGGAGAAAAAGGAACAAGAAAAGAAGUUCAAAGAGUUGGGCGAGGCUUAUGGGAUUUUGUCCGAUCCUAAAAAGAAAACGCGGUACGAUAGCGGUCAGGAUAUGGAUGAUUUUGAUGGUGGCAUGUCAGGUAAGGAGGAGUAAAUUGAGAUUUUUUUUGGUCCUAUAAAAAGCCACAAAACCUAAUAUUCUAGCAUUUUCAAUGGUUGACUAUGAUGUUAAACACAAUAAAUUUACUGAUUUCACCUUUUUUUUAUAUUGAAUAUCC